AUGCCGGAGCUACGAAAGCGUCAGGCGCCGGAGCCUGCGACGGGUAAUUUUACAAAAAGACCCAACUCCUCCACGACAAAUGUGAAUACAAAAUCAGGCGACGUUGACAGGCAGGUUGCGAAAAAUAGCAAAAUUGCGGUUGGCGAAAUCAUCAAUUCAGCCGGGUUGGGGGGAGAAAUUGAAACGCACGAGGGCGCCAAGGUCACACUGCAGUCUUUGUUAGAUGAAUGUGGAAGAUCAAAUCUUGUUAUCUUUACGUAUCCCAAAGCAUCUACCCCCGGCUGUACAACACAAGCUUGCCUGUUCAGAGAUGAGUUUGCAACCUUGACAGAAAGCGGACUGAAGAUCUAUGGGCUUUCAAAGGAUUCACCAAAAUCUAAUACUACCUUCAAGACAAAGCAAAAUUUACCGUACGCCCUACUAUGUGAUCCGAAAGAGACGCUUAUUACUGCUAUUGGCAUGAAGAAGUCUCCUACAGGCACCAUUCGCGGGGUCGUUGUUAUUGAUAAAGCUGCAAAAAUACAAGGCUUUUACCAAGGCGGUCCCGCCGCUACUGUUGAAUACGUUCGCAGGUUCGUCGAAGACUCUAAGAAUUCACGAGAUGGCACGGAAGGAGCCAAGCCAGAUUAUGUCGCGGAAGACAAGGGGGGCCAGAUACAAGCAGAUGUUGCUGCACAGGUUGCCGAUACCGCUCAAGAGCUAGACAAUUGA